CUUUCCCCAUUCCGUCCAGUUCGAUCGGCAACGGGAGCGGAGAAAAGAAAGCUGAGAGCCCGAAGGCAGCAGCCCCCACCACCGCCGGCCCAGGUUACCAUCUAGCACCGGGAAACACACUAGAGAGCCACCGCCGGCACAAGUCUUUAACAACCAGAAACCAUCAUGAGCAGCGAGGCCGAGACACAACAACCGCCGCAGCAGCCUGACGCCGAUGCGGAGAGCCCAUCCAGCCCGGCAGCCGAAGCUACCGCGGGGGACAAGAAGGUCAUCGCAACAAAGGUCCUGGGGACAGUCAAGUGGUUCAAUGUAAGGAACGGCUACGGUUUCAUCAACAGGAAUGACACAAAAGAAGACGUCUUUGUACACCAGACUGCCAUAAAGAAAAACAACCCCAGGAAGUACCUGCGCAGCGUGGGUGAUGGCGAGACUGUAGAGUUUGAUGUGGUCGAAGGGGAGAAGGGAGCAGAGGCAGCCAAUGUCACCGGCCCCGGUGGAGUUCCAGUCCAGGGUAGCAAGUACGCGGCAGACCGGAAUCGCUACAGGCGGUACCCCCGGCGGAGGGGUCCCCCUCGCGACUACCAGGACAACUUCCAGAGCGACGGGGAGGGGGAGCCGCGGGAGAAGCGCGAGGGCGGGGCGGAGAGCGCCCCCGAGGGCGAGCCCGAGUCCCAGCAGCGCGGCGGCCCCUCCUUCCCUGGCAGACGCAGAUACCCCCCCUACUUCGUGCGCCGGCGCUACGGGCGCAGACCCCCCUACACCAGCGCGUCCCGCGAGGAGAUGAAUGAGGGUGGAGAAGGAGACGAGAUCCAGGGUGGUGAGGACCGGGGAAACAAACCGGCGCGCGGCGGAGGAAACUACUACAGAGGCUUCAGACCAAGGUUCAGGCCCAGCAGGGGCGGCCCGCCACGUCCGCGACCAGCGCGGGAGGGACGUGAAGGACGAGAGGGACGAGAGGGGCGCGAGGGCCGUGAGGGGCGCGAGGGGCGAGAGGGAGAGGAGGACAAGGAGAACCAGGGUGAUGGCGCCCAGAGCCAGGAGCCACGGCAGCGCCGCUACAGACGCAACUUCAACUACCGCCGCAGACGCCCCGCGACCGGCGGCAAGCCCCAGGACGGCAAGGAAGGCAAAGCAGCCGACGCCCCCGCUGACAAGCCCGCUCCCGAGGCUGAGCAGGCCGGGGCCGAGUAACACACACCGGCGCACCAUCUCUACCAUCCUCCGGUGAUGUCAACAAGAAUAAACAUCCAAGAUGUGAGCAAUAAGACCCAGAUUUGACUUGACGAUCGUCUAAGCUUGCGACUCGCAUUUGACCAGAUUCCCACCGAUUGCCUGCAGGAUCUAUGCAGACCCCUUCUUUUCCAUUCUUUUUAUGUGACAGCUCAAAGCUCUGGGGAACAGCAGCUGCUUUUCUAAAUCGGUCUUAAGUUUUUACACCAAAUGGUUUUUAAAGAAAAAAAAAUGUAAUUUGAUAUCUGGUCAGUUUGACAUUUUUAAAUAACUUUUUAUGUAUUCAAACAUGAAUUUUGACAAAAAGGCAAGCUCAAAUAAAAGUCAAAGACGAAGUUUA